AUUUAUAUCGUCACGUAAUCAUUCUCUUUAGUAUGUCUCUCUCUAUAUAUACACUCACAAUCCUCCUUACCAUAAAUCACUUCACUCUACAAAACACACUUUGGUUCAUCAAUUGUUUCAAAAGAAACUCAACUAACUGACUCAAAAGAAAAUCAAAUAAGCCCCCAAAAUAUUUUGAGAAUCAUGCUAAAGAUGGAGAUUAACGGUGGGGUCGCUACACCUACUGCUUCCGCCGUCGCCAAGGUGACAGAAACCACCACUCCCGUUAACUCUCCUUCUCCCACUUCUUCACCUCCGCCGCCUCCUUCGCCGCAACAGCCGCCACAACCACCGGUUGUACUAAGCCCUUGUGCGGCUUGCAAGAUUUUGCGGCGGCGGUGCGCCGAUAAAUGUGUUUUGGCACCGUACUUUCCUCCUACGGACCCGGCGAAGUUCACAAUCGCUCACCGUGUCUUUGGAGCUAGCAACAUUAUUAAGUUCUUGCAGGAACUUCCAGAAUCGCAAAGAACAGAUGCUGUUAAUAGCAUGGUCUAUGAAGCCGGAGCUAGGAUGAGAGAUCCGGUUUACGGAUGUGCGGGUGCAAUUUAUCAUUUGCAGAGACAAGUGAGUGAGCUUCAAGCACAACUUGCAAAAACUCAAGUAGAGUUAGUAGGCAUGCAACUCCAAAGAUCAAGUCUACUAGAAUUGAUAUAUAAUAUGGAGCAAACAAAGUUGUCAGUACAAGAGCAAGGACAACAGAAGAUGUCCUUUGAGAGUUCAUUUGAAAGCGGCGAUGAGUUCAUUAGUAGCCCGGACGAAGAGAGCAAUGAUUUGGGGUUCCUUGAGGACAACAACAACAACAAUAAUUCAUCAAUGUCGUGGUGGGAUCCUCUUUGGACAUGAUCAUAACUUAUGGUAUUAUUAGCUCACUUUAAAGCGCUUUAGUUGUUACUUCCAUAUGCAUAUUGAAGACCUAGGAUAUGAUAUAUGCGUAGUUUGUUUUUUUCUUAAUUUCUCUAAGUCAACCAAUUAUGUAUAAGCACGUAACGAAACUGCUACAAACUUUUCAAACAUGUUACGUGUUAAUAUUAUGUAGUCAUAUUAGAUAAAAGAGCGAGGUUGUAUUAAGAUUCUAAGAAUCUUCUCCUAUCGCUAACGAGAAGGAGACCGUUUUGUAUAUUUGUAUUUUUAUUUAAUAAUGAAAGGAAGUCAUUGUUAAUGUUUUGCUUUUG